AUGUUUGAUGGGUUCACCGAAGACCGCACUGAUAGCCCACAAUGCGCGCGUGCCGACAGCGACAACCUCGAGCUCGAGAAGGAGUUGGAGAAGGAGUUGCAGGACUUGGAGGCCGAAGUUCAGGUGCUGCAGCAUCGGCUAGACAAGCUGAAGCCUCUCGAUACGAGGCCUUCCAUCGAAGCGCUACCCCUGGAGCAGCUCUGCUUGCAUCUGCCAGCGAAGGAGUUUGCCACAUUGUCUUCCACAGGUCAAGAGCUCCAGCGUGUGCUGCAGCAGCUGCUCCCUCAGCUCUUGAAGGGGUUGGCCACGCUACAAGCGAAGGCUGGCCGUCUGGUUCCGCUGGGUCUGACACCUCUGGCGCUUUGGCAGUCGCUACGAGAGCCGGUGAUUUCUGUGGACACUGCCUGCCCUGCAUUGGGACGGGGGCUGCUGGUCCUGAACUUGUACCCUCUCCGCCUUCGAAGUGUGAAUGUGCUGCGGUCGCGAAGCAUGCACGGCAACAUCCUGCAGCCGCAUGAACUGGCCUGGAAGAUGGGCAGCCAGCUGACUCCUCGGGUGCUCCGAGGGAAGCUCUCCUGCAGCAUCGCACCCAUCAGAGGAGCAGCAGAGUCUGAGAUGUCCAUCCUUCUCUUGGAUUCUGCAGUGCCCAAGCAGCCGUUGAUCACGCUGAGCUGGGAAUUACGUCCCGUCAGCCGCGGCUGCUACUACAACAUUCGGGCAUCCGUCCGCGAGGUUGUGUCCACACGGUCGUCAUGGGCAUACCGUCAACACACUUGGAGCCUGGGAGAUGGUACGCUGCGCGCCCGGCCAUCGGAGAACGAUCUUCGUGAGUAUGUUUUAACCUACCACUUGGAGAUUGACUGGGCAAUGGCGCGCUGUUGGAUUCUGGUACAAGACCGUUUUCAGGAGUUAUGCCUGGAAUCGAGCUGUGGUGGAGCAUCGCCGACGGCUGACGAGUUGCGCCUGCAGCUGUCGCCUGGAACAACUGCCAGCCUGUCAGAGUUACUUCUGGGCUAA